AUGGCACAGGCAGCUGAAUUGCUUUAUCCUAGCUUAGUUGUUUUUGGCGCUUCAGGUCCUAUGGGACGUCUUCUGGUACAACAGGCGCUACAAAAGGGUCAUCUUGUAACUGCUGUUGUUAGAAGUCCAGAGAAAUUCGACAUCAAGUAUGUUUAUGUUUGUACGAAUGUUAUUUUCAUUCAUAUGUUCCUGCCCGAUGUUCGCAGAUGUUGCAGCAUGUUUUGUUUUGUUUUUUUUCGUUGUAACUUCUGGAGUAGGUUAAGAUAUAUGUAUGAUAAAACAUCGUAAAAGCUUAUUUAUUUAUCAAACACCCAGAACGAACCUCAGUUAUUUAAAAAAAACGGAAAGACGAGUGAUGUACAUGUUUACUUUUGUGGGAUUGUGCAUAUUAAGCUUUAGUAAAUAACGUACACUUAUUCUUCCCAAUUUUCUUAAGUAAAGGUCAGAGACGAUUUUGCUAAUUAUUUUGAAACUGCUCUAUUUUGUUUUUACCUAAUAAUUAUGGCAUGCCUCUGCUUUAAUCUCGACUCUUCUUUAGAAAAAAAGGACAUACAUGUCGACUGCAUCUUUGCUCGUCUAGUUGAAUUUGCAUAAUUCUUGUUCGGUUUUCCCAAUACCUGCGAUAACACACUCUUGAAAGUCACGCAAAGUGUGGAAAGGCAUAUGCCCUAUUUUCAAUCGUCACGCACUUGGAGUGAAUGCAUGUGAACGUCGUGGAAACUUAAAAAGCUGGUUAUUAAAACGAAGUCAAACUUGACCACAGUUAAACACACAUUUUAUGUAGACUCUUCUCAGUUGUCGUUGUUAAUUCUUCAGAUCUGGUUAAUGAACAAAAAACAUUUGAAACAACAGACACUUCGCACAGCAGCGCAUGAAAUUUGCUCUUUCAUCGGAGACUUUCCAUUUAUUUUCUAUUUCUUUUUUUUUUUUUGGCAUUUUUUAGACAUGAAAAGCUGGAUAUAAUCAAAGGGGAUAUAUUCAACUCAGAGUCCUUGGUUCCUGUCCUUGAAGGCAAAGAUGCUGUGUUAUCAUGCCUUGGUGCCCAUGGAACAAGUGUCUUUCGACACACAACAUUAUACUCAGAGUCAAUGAAGUCAAUAAUGUCUGCCAUGGAAAAGUAAGUGUCUUGUCCAGUGCUCUCUUGUAACACUGCUGCUUUCUUCUUUUUACAGAGUAAGGGUUGUUCUGAUGGUCCUGAAGGUGACUUCGCCCAUAUGUAGGUUAACUUUGCUCUUGGUUCUCCACCUUACCCCAACAGUUUUUCUUUGGGUAUUCUAGCUUACCCCUCUACCUAAACUAACUCUACCUUAAUUAACUGUGUGAUUUUCAAAUUCCAGCUUGAUCAGCGAGGACAAAGAAUCCAUUUUUAGAUUUGCUAAUGCUGAAUAUAACUAUUUUAAACUCAGUAUAAUAACGUUAACAGCAAUUUAUCAUCAAAAUUUGGUUCUUAAGCAAAGAAAAUAAAUUGACAUUUUAUUGCAUCUUCCUUCUACAGACAUUUUUAGUUUAGAACAUCCCUAACUUUAACCCACCACCCCCUGUAGCAGCUUUAGCUGGUUCCAAAGGUAUAGAGCUUUAUUCCCUUAAAGAGCUUUAAAGGCUAACUGACGAACAUUUCCGUUGAACCAUUGACCUAAUAUUUCUGACUUAUAUUAUGUGGAGCUUAAUGACAAACAGUAUUUGGAAAAACCCAAACAGUAACAUAGAGCGGCUUAGAAAAGCGAAUUUAACAGUGGUGAGAGACACCCAAUUUAAUCAACCAUCCACUUCACUCCACCCUAAAGAGGUGUAAAGCCGCCUUACAGGGUUACCGCGUGAAAAGAGGUGAUGUAUAAUACAGGUAAAAUCCUGGACUCAACGCAAACACUGGACGUUAAGUUAAGCUACAAUGGAGAUCAAAGAACUUGGGAAAGGUGGUGAAAUUCUUCCAAGUAAUUGUUACAUAGAACGCUGCUCCUAGUGACAAUUCUUUAAUCAGUCUUGUUUUCUUUCCUUCUUCUCUCCCACUCCCGCUAUGGAAUGGUACGCCCACUGACAGGACUCAUUUCCACCCAUUUGCUGCUGGGGUGGGAGAGGGGAGGUUGACAGUUUUACUAAUAUCACAGGCAAGGUCUCAACACUUAUUACCUCCAUCGUAGGUUUACUUAAUUUGCAAUCGAAAUUACAGCCUCGCCUGUUGGCUAAGACUGUGUUUACUCAACAGGAGUAAACUUCAGAGAAUAGUGUGUGUCACUUCGUGGUGCACCAGGAAGGAAGCAGGAAAUCCCAAAACUGUUGAGUGGCUUUUAAAGCCUGUGGCAAUAGCUGGGUUCAUUCAUGAUAUGGCUUUGAUGGAAAGCAUACUUAUGGAGUCAGGCCUGUGCUACACCGUGGUCCGUCCACCAGGACUGAAUAACAGUAAGCAUGGGAAAUUGUUGAGGCGUCUUUCUGUUAAUGUUAUACGCAAACUUACAAGGCAGAUUUUCACUAACGACGGAGUCACACUUGGAGUUAGUGAAUCAAAUAACCGACGCCGCAUAUAGCUACGUCGCUUAGUUCCUAUAGUCAACUAGCUUCGGAGUUAGGCAGUCUUUUUGCCUUGUCAGUGCUAAGUCUGAUUUCUAGUUCUCUGUAAGUGAACCACUCGCGGUACGCUCCAGGUUUUUUAAGCCGAGAACGCCAACGCUAAGGACAGACUAGAUAGGCUGCGAAGAGUCGCCGGAAAAAACAGUAACCAUCGACCCAGUUUUCAUAAUUUAUUGAGUUUGCUUGUAACUUAUUUUUAUAGACGAGAUCUACGUGUACGCCUUUGAUCACAUUAACCUAUUUUGCUUUUUCUCUUUUUUCAUAAAUAUAAAGUAUUCCCAGUUGCUUCAUACAGUCGCAAUGGUAAGGUUUGUCGUUCUCUUUAACACUGAAUUUGCACCCUAUUCAUGUAUUGUGGUUUCUUUCAUGCAGAUCCAGCUAAAGGCGACUACACAGUGGUAGAGGGUCAGUUUGUUCCCAAAGCUCCAAUGUUCAUACCACGAGCCGAUGUUGCAAAUUACAUGUUAUCGUCACUCCAAAGGAAUGACUGGGACAGGAAGUGCAUGGCCAUUGGCGGGAAGGCGUGA